UAUAUAUAAUUUAAAGUUCUAGCACUGUCCCUUUCUUGUUACAGGACUGUAGACUCAAUGCAUGGGCCUUUUCCUUUCUUUGCAUCCAAUUUGAUGAACACUUCAUUAUUUCUAUGGUCUGGGUCACCUCAUGCCUGCAGGCUCUCUUCAUAAAAAGAAGCUGGCAAAGAGACCAGGAUACAUGAGACCAGAAGCUCAGCAACAGAUAGAGUUUCAGCCUCCGGCUGACUGCAAGCCGUUCAACCCAAAGGGGCUUAAACAUGGCAGUAAGCCUUGUGCGGACUUCAAGAAUUGCUCUCUGCACAGACAAGGCAAAAAUGACUUUGAAUUCUCACAUUGUAAUUCAUCUGUAAACAGCACCAUAGUUACCACCAGUGUGGCAAUGUCAUCAACCACUGCUGGAAAUACAUCAGGGAGCUGCAGAAAUCUAUCAGAUCGCAGGAGUCGGCACUCAGAAAACGUAAUUAUGCCUGUUUGCCCUGGAGCUGCCAUAUGCAAAGGAGACUUCUUACCUGUACGCACUUCAGCUACAUGGCAGACUGACUUACUAACAACUGCAUGGCAGACAAGCCGUAGUGGGAGAGUAGAGGACCUGCAAAAAAUGUGGACUGUCAAACAGAAGGAAGUGAACAAUCAUUGUGAACAUGAAAACAAAGAAGUCCCUUCUCACUCUCCAAUUUCUCAAGAUAGCUUUAAUUCAAGUUUUAGCUUCAUACAGCUCUCCCUGAACUCAAGUGAUGAAAGAAAUACCACUGAAAGCCAGUCAGAUGGCAGGGGAGCUGAAUGUGUUCUACAAACAAAUGUAAUAGGAAAAAUGGAAAAAGUGAAUUUGGGCGAACUGGGAGAGAGAGGAAGAAGCUCUCAUAAGGACCUGGGGGCUUCAUCUUGCCUGUGUAGGCAUAGUGAGGAUUAUAAGUAUGCAAGAGAGACCAUUUGGAAAGAUAAACUGCAGGAUUGUGAAACCGUAUCUCUUUCGGAUACAGAUGCAACGUUUUCAUGUUCCACAGAUUCUUCAGAUGCAGCAUCUGCUGGUUCUUCUGUUACCUCAGGCUACGAAAGUAGCUUUACUAUUAGUGAUCACAACUGGGACACCCUGUUGAGGAAAUAUGAGCCUGUGCUCCUGGACUGCUUACUUGGCAACCGUAGUACAUUAAAGAUAAAAGCCUUAAUGUUAAGGCUUCAGAGGCUACAAGAAAAAGCAGUAGAGGAAGAUGAUUAUGAUAAAGCGGAUAAAUUUAAAAAGAAACUGGAAGAACUGGAGAGAGAGAAGAAUUCUUUAAAAUUUCAGCUUCCUUCAAGUCAUCCUUCAAUUAGGAGCUUCUUGGGCAGAUUUCUUGUUCAAGUUCAAGCAGCACUGUCCUGGGCUGCGGAUCGAGGUAGAAGUGAAGAAAUGCAACUCUGGCAAGAAAAUGAGCAGAAACUUCUGAGUCCUGCUUACCAUGAGAGGAUACAGAUUUCAACUGUGAAGAGAGACCAGCUUCUUCAAGAAAAGACAUGGUUACAGAAAGAAACUGAAGACCUCAGAGCAAGGCUGACUGUGCUAGAAGCAAGGGAUCAACAAUUAAGAAGAGAAAUUGAAGCUCAAGAUAGGCUUAUUCAGUUGCAGGACUGUGAACUGCCUGCCUGCCUUGGUUUUGUAAGUUUGAGAGAGCUUCAAGAAAUAAGCAAGGCCUUGGAUGAUACUUUAGGUUCAUCAUGUCAAAUUCCAUUUAGUUUGGACCUCCCAGGAACCAUAAAGAGCCUUCAGGAAAAAGAACAGUCACUCAGCAUGUCCAUUAAAGAAACUGCUGCCAAAGUUUGUACCAGUCAAAAACUCUGCAGUACUUUAAGGAGGAAAGUGAGUGAUAUUGAAACCCAACUACCAGCUCUACUUGAAGCCAAAAUGCUUGCUGUGUCAGGACGUAAUUUCUGUACUGCUAAGGAUCUUGCAGAAGAAAUUAGAUCAUUAACAUCUGAGAAAGAAGGGCUGGAGGGACUUCUCCAAGAGCUCUUGGUACUGAGUGCCAGAAAUGUCCGAAAAUUAGAGAGAAUUAAAGAAGAUCACAACAGACUGAAACAAGAACUGGAGCAGGGGGAGUCUGCCUUUGAGGCAAAUGUGAAAGAAAAUGCUGUGAAAUACAUGGACAUGCUGGAGGACAAGCUUCACAGCUGUGGGAGCCAGCUGCUCCAGAGAGUGUGGGAAGCUGACUUGGAGGCCUGUCAGCUGUUGAUCCGAGGGUUUCAGCUGAAAGAAGCUGGUUGCUGUGCUUCUGAGGAAGACAAGAACCAAGCAGAUGAGAUGGAGACUGUGGCUGAUAGCUGCUUGGAUCCUGAAAAAGGAAAAGAAAAUCACAUCCCAAAAGGCACAGAGUGGGGUACUGCCCCAUGCCCCAAACCCUGUGAGCUGAAAGAGGUUGUGGCAGAUAUUUCAUUUGGUGCAGAAGAUCAUUUGUCUGAGGAAUUCUACAUACUUUCUGCAGAGCUGGGAGAAAAAUGUGAAGCAAUAAGUGAGAAAUUGGUGUACCUAGAAGGCCAGCUUCAGAGUGCAAUUUGCAACAUUGAUGAAGGUCUUAUUCAGUCUCUACAGAGGGAGAUCCAGAUGGUGAAGGAAACUCUGCAGGCCAUGCUGGUGCAGCUCCAGCCAGCUAAGGAGGCAGAAGAAGAUGAAGCUAGAGACUUCCUCUGUGACAGCUGGCGUCCAGGAAAACAAGACUUACAGGAAUAAAAGGGAAGGGGCUGGUACUAUAACAUUAAUUCACAAAGGCUGCUUUUAGUAACUGGAUACUGUCUCACCAAGCCUCGAGGAUCUCUUCUCUCCCUGCAUAACUAAUAACAACUAAAUCAAUUAUGGAGAAAUGGAGCCUGGAGGUCUAUCAACAGAAGUAUUCUACACUGCUUCACAUGCUCUGGCACAGAUUGGAAAACAGCUUUCAGAGCAGAGCAACUCCUGUAAAUGUGUAGAUUACAAAUUGAUAUGUUUCAGAGGAUUCUGUGGAGUUUCUCUUAUAGCUGGUGAGAUUUUUCUAAUAGUUUCCUUCCUUGCUCAUGCAGUCUUUAAAACAGUGAUUGUCAACCAGUGUGCCUGGGGUACCCUACGGUGCUGUGACAUCUUUUGAAGGGGUGCCAUGAGGUAUGAAAAAAUAAGUAGGAGUGAGGCAAUAAGUACAGGCUCAGACUGCCUGGCCCCUCUCUUGCCCCCAUAGCCUAGUCCCUCUGUAAGGAGGUAAGCACUGUCAUAAAUACAUUUGUUUUUUAAAUGGGUUGCUGUCCAUGUCACAAAAAAUUA